AUGGGUAACACCGUCACCUGCUGCGUGUCCCCGGACGCCAGCCCCAAGCUCGGCCGGGCCCGCGCGGGGGGCGGCGGCGGGGCCGCGCCGGGGGCCGAGCGCCGGGCGGACGCUUACCAGGUAGCGGCGGCCGCGGCGGAGGCCGAGUCGGGGGACUCGGAUCCUGGGGGCGGCCCCCACCUGCAGCACAUCAGCGACCGGGAGUUCCCGGAUGAUUUAGCCUUGGAAUCAAAUCCAUCUGACCAUCCCAGAGCAAGCACAAUUUUCCUGAGCAAGUCCCAAACAGAUGUGCGAGAGAAGAGGAAGAGUAACCACAUCAAUCAUGUUUCUCCAGGGCAGCUUACGAAAAAGUAUAGCUCAUGCUCAACCAUAUUUAUAGACGACAGCACAGUCAGCCAGCCUAAUCUUAGAAGCACAAUAAAAUGUGUGACGUUAGCAAUAUACUACCACAUAAAGAACAGAGAUUCAGCCAGAUCAUUGGAUAUUUUUGAUGAAAAAUCCCAUCCUCUCACGCGGGAAGAAGUUCCAAAUGACUACAGCAAGCAUGACCCUGAUCACAAGCACAUUUACCGUUUUGUACGGACGCUUUUUAGUGCAGCGCAGCUGACAGCUGAAUGUGCAAUAGUGACACUGGUUUACUUGGAAAGACUCUUAACCUAUGCGGAGAUUGACAUCUGUCCUAGUAACUGGAAAAGAAUAGUUCUAGGAGCUAUUCUGCUGGCUUCUAAGGUUUGGGAUGAUCAGGCUGUGUGGAAUGUGGAUUACUGCCAAAUAUUGAAGGACAUUACGGUUGAGGACAUGAAUGAGAUGGAAAGACACUUCUUGGAGCUGCUGCAGUUUAAUAUCAAUGUUCCUGCCAGUGUUUAUGCCAAAUACUACUUUGACCUUCGCUCCUUAGCAGAUGACAACAACCUGAAUUUUCUGCUGGAGCCUCUUAGUAAAGAGAGAGCACAGAAACUGGAGGCUAUCUCCAGGCUCUGUGAGGACAAAUACAAAGACUUGUCUAAAGCUGCUAUGAGACGAUCUUUCAGUGCUGAUAAUUUAGUUGGUAUCCGUCGUUCUAAUGCCAUCCUCUCCUGAGGAGAGAGAAGGGUGCAGCACCGUGAAGCCAGCGUACGUAUGAACCGGAGGAAUACCACCACUCCAUGCACAUAAGCCAGCAGUGAUGGUGUCUUCCAGUAAGGGGAGGAAGGAUAAAACCAGCCAAGGGACCCCAGGGCCUGAGGAGCAUAUUCCAUUCAAAAAAUGGGACCUUGUCAAAUCCGUGCUCCUCCUUUUAAUGUAUCCAGAGGUGCAAAAACAAGCUCCCCACCUCCCCCCCACAGAUGUUUGCUUACUGUGUAGGCCUAUAGCUGUGAAUGAUGAGGUUUUUAAUAAUGAGUAGUUUUAAAUUUUAGAAUUUAAACACUAACCACGUGACGAUAGUUACAAUGUUCUUCCCUCUUCUCCCGGUCAUCCAGAAUCCUGCUGCGUUUGCCUUUCAGAGUGAAUACAGUGCUCACAAAAAAAAAAAAAAAAGGACUCUAACGAAGUAUAAAGCCACUCUGGAGCUUGAAAUGGUAGCAUAGAUAAGUGUUGAGGGGUUUUGCUAUUCAAAAGCUGCUAUUAUCGGUGAUGAGUUGAAAACCAAGAAGCUGUUCGAGCAGGAUAUAAUAACUGUACCAGCAGUGUCAUUCCGGUAGAGACUGUCAAAGGAUUUUGAAUGUUUUGGUUGGAAGCAGAGAAAUGGUGUUACAUAUUGAUUGUUCAAAUGUAUAGGGUCCAUGCUGCAUUUCUUGUGAACUAUGGUGCUUCUCACUUUCUAAUACUUUUACUACUGCUUAGGAAAAUAUGCAUCCUGUAUAUCUUUCUGAGGCACUGAAUGAGAGAGAGCUGUAUUGGAAACAAAGUCACUAUCCCAAACAAUGUGGCAAUCCAGUGAUGAAUAGCCUACUGCAUUGCUUCUCUGAAUUCUUCCACUACAGAUCCGUUGUGCUUUAUGCAGUGGAGUUCUGACUAAGUUGAUGAUAAGAUCAUCAUGUCUGUUUUGGUUCCCCUAGACUUCCUGCUUUCAGAUGGGGGGGUUAUUUUUGUGGUGCGACAGUGAGUUUGAGGAUCCUGGACUCACUGAUAGGGGUAGAUACUUAUUCCCAAUUACCACAUAAGAUUUCUUUCAAUGGAGUUCUUAAAAAAAACAAAACUCAAAUGUAUAAGUUGUCAGACUUAUUUUUUUGGAGAAGUGAACACUAUAGCUUGUGUAACUCUGCUUUUCCUGAAGAUAGAGUUUACUCCUCCAGAAUGAGAAUUUGGGAUGAAGUUUCCUUUCAAACUUCAAAACUCUAAACAGGAUAAGUAUUAAUAGACUUUUCCUGUUACUAACCCUUAUAUACCUCCUUCUCCCAGUUCUAGAUAGAUUCUAGGCACUUUGUGCCAUACUGAAUGACAUUAGUUCCUAGGACAAAUUUUGUUCAACCCUGCUUCCAUCCAAGGUCCAGUAAGUUAUCAGGUCCCCAUGCCUUUGAGAUUAGGGACUUCUGAGUAUAACAAUUUGGCAGCAUUCAAACUAUUUAAAUAUGUAUAGUAUUUUAAAGUUUGCAAAUCUACCAGCGCCAGCCCCGCAAUCCAUGGAACUUGGAACUUCAGGUAUUGAUCACGAUUCAAUUUUGAAAAUAAUGCUACAUCUUCAGGUGGUUUUCCUUUCUCAUGUU